GGUGCUAGGCUGUAUCUGAGCCUUCUGCGUGGGUCGAUGAGAUACGUGUGUCCUGGUUAACAAAUGCAUGCUAUAUGUUCUGUAGCGCUGCACUAAUGAGCAGGGAGAUAUCUUUUACUCUAAAAAGUUAUGCAGCACUUCAGUAAAGACCUGGGAGAUGUCUCCUUUAUGAGGUUCUGCAGAUCUGCCCUAAUGACCAGAGAGAUGUAAUCCUCUAAGACGUUCUGCAGGUCUGCUCUAAUGAUCUGAGCGAUAUUGUCUCCUCUAAGAGGUUCUGCAGACCUUCUCUACUGACCCUAGAGUUGACGUCUUCACUAAGUGGUUCUGCAGAGCUCAUCUAAUGACCAGAGAGAUGGCAUCUCCCUAUGAUGUUCUGCAGAGCUCCGCUAAUGACCUGAGAGAUGGCGUCUCCCCUAAGAGGUUCUGCUGAGUUCCUUUAAUUACCCGAGAGAUGGUUUCUCCCCAAAGAGGUUCUGCAGGGCUUCUUUAAUGACCCGUGAGAUUGCGUCUCUUCUAAGAGCUUCAGCAGAAUUGCCAUUAUGGCUUGAGAGAAAACAAUAUAGGGCACCCCUAUAACUAUUACUACUGUAAAGGGUGCAGUAUAAUUACAGUUUUACAAUACUGGGGCACAAUUUUAUUUUAAUACAGUAUAGAGAUAUUAGUGAUUAUUUUUCUGUAAACCACAUGGUAUUUUGGGGAAUCCAGUGGUGAUGAAACUGCCACAUAAACCAAUAAAAUGACACUGGAGUCAUUUAUGUCCACGUUUCUACCCACUCUGCAUCUUCCACUAUGUCUUUAUAGAGCACUGAGUUCUGUUACAAAUGUGGGCAAUUAUUUCAGCUGAGUAAAGUGUUUAGGGCCACGUACUGAAUAUUUUGUACUUACUUCUGUGGGCAGCAUACCGCUUAUGGAAAGAUAGGAGACAACAGAGUGGACCCAAUUGCCUGGCAAGUCGUGAUUUGCAAUCCCCCAGGAUAUGUGCAGGAUGAGCAUUUACAGUCCAGGUCAAUUACUUUUGCACAAUUACUGUAUACAGUGGAGCAGCUUAUACCUUCAUUUGUGAGCAUAGAACAAUCGGAUCAAGACUACUUGAUAUUAUUGCUACUCCUAAUCACAAUUGGGCAUCACCCCUCCACUUACAGAGACCAGUGGACUGUUAUUUACCACACAGCAUGCACAGCCGAUGCAACCUGUGAUUGACAAGUAGGAUACGGACCCCGUCUCUCUAUGCACUCUCCAUAUGGAUCCAGGAAUGGAAGCUACUUUGUGGCCGGCCACUACCUGUAGGAGUCGCCAAGAGAGUGGCAACAGGUCUGUCUGUCGACCGGAUUCUCGGUGGGCCGCCGGCAUGCUGUCCGCAUCCCCUGUGAGGGGAAUUGCAAGUCGAACUAGAUGAGUUGGGUGGAGCGAGACAAGACAGACUAUGACUCGUGGAGCCUCCCUCUCAUUGUUACUGAUCUGCAGCACAAGGUCCGGCUUCUGUGUGUACAGAUGGAGAGGUUCAGCUGGCAGGUGGAAGUACAGAGUCGAGUGGCAGGACUGAGUGGUGACGGUCAGAACAGUGUUCAGUUUUAAUCCAGCGUCCUUUUGUGUGUAUGGAAAAGAACACUGAUAUUCUGCGUGUUAUGCAGUGUCUGUCUCGCAUUGAAGAGGGAGAGGAUACUGAUUGCACGUUUGAUGAGGAAAAUAGUGAAACUCCUCUUGAAUCUGCUGUUGGAAUCCUUGACUUGAUAAAUAGUGAGAUGUCAUUGGAUAAAGAGGUGAUAAAAGCCAACAAACAAAUGCUGAAAGAGGCGGCAGUGGUCGCUUGUAUAAAAAAGCAGCAAUUUGGAAAAGCCAGCAAGAUCCUGAAAAAGUACAUUCCUAAUCACAGUGUGACAAAGGAGCUGCGGAAAGAUCUUCUACGCAUAAUCCAGUCGAAGAGCCUUAACCAUCCGUUGGUUGCAAAUUUUUCCUUGUCUGCUAUCAAGCAGAAGAUGUAUGAGAUGUUUGAGAAGCAGAUUAACAACACUCCGUCCUUCCUGCUGACUGUUGCCCAGAAGGGUCAUGCUGACUUAAAUGCGGAGUCCAAGGGGCCCCAGACCCCAAAAUUACAACCCAAGCAGAGAAUGGAAAAUGAGCAAGUUCAGAAUGAGUCCCCGAGUACAUCAAAACUCAAAACCCCAAAGUCCCAUCACAAAGAUUCAACUAAUACACCAAAGGGAGUUGUGUCACAAACAGACUGUGGCCCAGCCUAUAGCCUCUCUUCUCUAAGAUCUAAAUUCACAUUACUCUAUCAAGAUGAGAAUCCAGAUGUCAAAUUCCAAACACUAUGUGAGACAGAUUUGUGUAGACAAACCACCCCUUUCCAAACACCCUCUACCAAAAUUCCUAACGGUAACGAGCCCCAUUCUUCCUCCCCUAAGGAGGGUUCCUUGGAGUCAGAUGUGACCAAGCCCCAUUCUUCUCCUCCUAAAGAGGGUUCCUUGAACUCAAAUGUGAUUGGAAAACGGAGAUGUUCAGUGACUCUGCACCAGCUGGUGAUGGAACAGGACAGUCAGCAGGAAAGUGACAGCGAAGAGGAGAGUGCAAGUCUGCUUAAUCGGACACCGCAAAACCAUGCCAGUUCAUCUGCUCGGAGAUUGUUCAGCUCACCCGUGACACCUAAGAGGAGGCUGAUUUCCAAAGAUUGCAUAGUAAACAAAUCGUCGAAUGUUUCAGAGCAAGACACCUGGAGCGAUGAGGAUGCCCUUUUCCGGCCAGAGAUUUCUGUAGAAAGAGGAGCUUCGAAAGCGACCAACAACACAUCCAGCCCUGUUGUAAGGAAACAGAAAUGGACAGUUGAAGAAACAGAAUGGAUUAGGUGUGGUGUUAAGAAAUAUGGUGAAGGCAACUGGUCCAAAAUUCUUCGUAAUUAUGCUUUUCGAAACCGUACAUCCGUCAUGAUAAAGGACAGGUGGAGGACUAUGAAAAAGCUUUCCCUGGUUUGACGAGUCUACCUAAGCCCAAUAGACGUGCUUGUCUAGUGCUAUGGCUGCCAUUCGCACCUUUUAUGGGACUUGUCACACCUCCUCUAGGGGACUAUGCGAUGGACACACGUUAAUAUUCUUCUGUAUAACAUCUGUAUCCUCUACAUCUCACAUGGCCAACACCCAAUGGAGUGUCAAAGUAUUUUUAUUCCACACGUAACCAGCUCUGGGAGUCGGAUGUUGGUAACACGUCCAAUGAUCUGUUCUUGGCGUCCUGGAUUAUUUUGUGCCCUGUCCGGGAGUACUGUUCAAUACAGUAAGCCAGUUUUUCCAAGCACUGUCCUUGAGCGCCACAUCUGAAAUGUUGUCUACUAGUGUUCCAGCAAUUCACCUUGGAUCUAUGGCCAGGGAGGUCACUUUUAAAGGCAGCUCUUUAGCUUUCAGCACACUGGCAUGUGACCUUGUGCCUUGGAGCAGUCCCCUGUGCAACUGCCAAAACUGUACUGGGUCCUAUGGGGAAACUAUUGAAAGUUAUUAUCCAGAGGCAGGAGGAAUAUAUAUGUAAUGUAUAGAUACAUCAAGCUUUUUUUGUUUAUUUGCGUGUACAUGAUGACUGUUAAUCAAAACAUUAUAGUUAUGUACAUUUUAUAGAAAAUGCUGAAAUGGUUCUGCAUUCUCCAAUAAACUUUGUUUAUUGUUCAGAAA